AUGAUGGACGAGAUCAUUGAUGAGGUGGAAGCAAAACAUAGCUUCCGGGGGUGGGAGUGUGUCAAACCCAUGAUGGAAGGAUUGUCCGAGGUAUCGCCACUUUUUCGUCUCAUCAUGGACGUAUACGUGCAUGAUUCAGCGACCGAUGUGUGCGGAGAGAUAUGGGAGGAAGAGAACAAAACCGAAGUGACCACGAGGUUUGUUCAAGCCCUUGCCAGAGCCUACGAGCAGAGGGUGGACAACGCAGAGCCAAAAGCUAGUGCGUUCGCCAACGACUUGCCCACGCACACGAGACAGACCAGGAAAGGCAAACAUGCGUUGACUACCAUCGAGAGGAAUGACAUGGGCGGGGUUUCGCAUACUUGA